AUGAAGUCAUUGAUUUCAGGUGGACGUUUCUGCUCAUUCUCGCCGUGCAUCGAGCAGGUCCAGAGAACGUGUGAGGCGCUAACUCAGCAUGGUUUCCAGGACAUCAGUACCAUGGAGGUGCUGCAGACGGAGCUCAAAGUUAGCAGGAGGACAGUGCCUGUGCGGGAUUUGACCUUCUUGAAGCAGAAGGUUUUACAACAACAUAAAUUGUCAAAUGAACCAGCCAAGCAAAUUAAAAUUGUUAAUGUCCCCUUGCGAGGCGAGCUCUGUAAUGAGAGCGAGUUAACUUAUUGCCGUGUAACUCGAAAAUCGUAA